AGCUGGAAGUUGGGUGUUCUCUUCUAAGAAGAUAGUGUCAUCUAUGUAAGCGACCGCCUGCUGCUCCAUUGUGAGGGCAGUGGUUGUCAAAUCCGUGACAUCUAUGGACGAUGACGGUGGUUUCUGAGACGUCCAGUUGACUCGGACGGAAUACGCUAGGAAUACGACGGCAGAGAAGAGACCUGGCUUGCCCGUAGCCGUGAAGCAGAUGUGCUUGGUGAAUUCGUUGUUGGGGGUUUGGUUGUCGAUGGUGAUGCUCGGUGCGAUGAUAUCAACAAAUUCUUGCCACAGGUACGACGUCGCUGCUACCUGUGAUAUUGAGCCAAUUAGUGAGUCUUUUGAUUGUGAGUCUUUUGUGAAAGUAUGUGAAAGCGACGAAUGGCACAGGACCAAAUCAUCGAGAUCAUCAAGUAAGAUAUGCGCGUUCAGGACUAGGUCAUCGAGUUGCGGAAAUGAAGGGCCAGUAUCCAGGCCUAGAAAGAAAUCAGAAUCCGCCUCGAGCGGUGCUAGAGUUGCAGGAUGCUCAACAGCUUGGUCUUCGACAAUUGAUUCUAAUGCCUCAGUUAAUAUAGACGGCCCGAUACUGCUGCGGAGGCCCUUCUAGGAUGAGAGUUGACAACCGGAAUUUCUCGGAUGCGCUGACUUGCUGAAUCUAUACCUUCGAUGCGCCAUCGAGCGGUAGUAGACGGGAUGC